AUGAAUGGAGGAAUGGAGCACAAAACCCCUGGACAUAACGCAGUGCUUCACAAAGCACCCAAAAACUAUAAACUGUUAAUAGAUCCAUUCCUUGUUAAGGGAGCAACUAAAUUAUAUAGAUAUGAUGGAGUUGUUCCUGGAGAUCCAUCAUAUCCUCCUGUACAAUGUAGGGAUCCGAGAUCUCAACUUUCGAGAAUAUGGAAUAAGCUAGAACCCGCAGAUUUACCAGUCCCAAGAUUUAAAAUAGACAAAAACUAUGUAGGUGUACCUCCACAGCUAGAAAUAACUAUUGGAAAUCUUAAUGAUAACAUUGACAAAGCCUUUUUAACCGAAAUGAUGAAUAAAGUUGGGCCUUGUGAGGAAUUAACAAUAUUUUACCAUCCAAUUACUAACAGGCAUUUGGGAUUUGCACGAAUUGUAUUUCAAGAUGUUAAAUAUUCUAAGAUAUGUGUUGAAAAAUAUAAUGGCAAAUCUGUUAUGGGUCAGGUACUGGAAGUAUUUCAUGAUCCUUUUGGAAAGAGAUGUCAAGAGAUAUUUGAAGAAAAAACAAUGGAAAGGAAACCACAACCAGCUACAUCAAGUGUGAAAGUACCUGGCAUAAUGGAUGAUAUACGAGCUCCAAAAUUAGACCCUUCACUUAGUAAGAGAUUAGAGGAUACUAAAGUGACAGAAAAGGAUCCCUAUGCUCGCUACAAAGAUAUAGAACACAAUGAUAGUAAUUCCCGUUGGUCUGAUGAAGAGAGAGAGUACAGACAUCGCCAUCGUAACCGUGGUGAGAGGGACAGAGACAUAGAUAGGGACAGGGAUAGAGAUAGAGACAGAGAUAGGGAUAGAGAGAGCCGUCAUUGUAAAAGGAAAUGUAAACGGAGGCACAGGGAGAGAUACAGCAGAGAAUCGAGCGAGACGUACGCGAGCGCGCACGUGGCGGAGAUGCCGUACACGCCCGCGCCCGCGCCCACGCCCAUGCCCUACGACCCUUACUACCAGCCCAGUUACGGGUACGGAUACGGCGGCGGCGCGGGCUCGGGCCUGUGGUGGGGGGACUGGCGCCAGCCGCCGCACGCCUCGCACCAUCACCACUCGGAGUCAUCAAGUGCUUGGAGCGGGCGAGAUCCCUCGCCCCGCGCGCCGCUCACGCCCGCUGCGCCCGUCACGCCCGCGCCCACGCCCUCCCUCGCGCCCGCCCACGCGCCCGCCCUCGCGCCCGCCCUCGCGCCCGCCCUCGCCCUAGCGCCUGCCCUCGCCCCCGCGCUCGCCUCCGCCCACACGCACAAUGACAAGGAGGUGAAAAGUAAAAGUGAAGAGCCAGUGCCGCCGCAGGAAUCGGCUGUAGUGAAAGAACCAGAGCCAAAACCCCCUCCACCUGCCGAAGAGCCGAAGAAUGUUGAUUUGGACACUAGAAUCGCGAUGCUACUAAAAGGCGCGAGCGGCGGCGGCGGGCUGGCGCCGCCCUUCCUGUCGCUGGGCAUGUCGUCGGAGGAGGAGGACGACCAGCGCCUGCCCGCGCGCAUGCCCGACCUCGACGCGCACCGCCUGGCGCCCUCGGACGACGAAGAUAUUUAUAUAGUUUCAGGCAGCGAAGACAGAGAAAGCAUAAUAUCUUUUGAACAAAGAAAUGAAGUAGACCCUGAGCCCUUAUCGACCACACCCUCCCCAUAUCUGAGUAGAGAAUUUUACCUUGAGUGCCUGAAAAUUACUGUAGAAAAGAAAGCUAAAGAAGAAGAACGCAAAAGAAUGCCUCCAAUAGAUAAGAUCGGAUCAGAUAUAUCGUCCUCUGAAGAUGAGCUACUGACAGGAGAAGAGCCGAGGCGCUCGCCCGCGCCGCUCGAUAAAGACCAAGAUAACUUAGAUGACGACCAAAUGUCUCUAUCGUCGCUGUCGUCGACGGAGGCGAAGAUAGAAGAGCAAGUGCCGGCCGAGGCGUACUACUACCCCCCGGCGCCGCACCCGCACUACUACCAGCCGGUGUGGCCUACCACAGCGUACCCGGCGGCGGCGACGGCGUACCCCGGCGUGGACAUGCUGGCGUACGGCGCGGGCGCCUUCGCCGCGCCGCCGCUGCUGCCGCACUACGCGCCGCACGCCGACCCGCACGCCGCGCACCAGGAAUUAGACAACCCGUACUAUCCCACAAUAAACAGUGUAAUAGAACGUGUUACAACAGAGUUAAAACAAAUUCUAAAGAAAGAUUUUAAUAAAAAAAUGAUUGAAAGUACUGCCUUUAAAAACUUUGAAGUGUGGUGGGACGAGCAAAGUCGGAAGACGAGACAAACUGUUAAACCUCAGAAAGAAGAAGCGGGACAACCAUUGCAGGAUAUCUCAAACAAAAAAGAGGAGACAGUGGACUCUAUAAAAUCUAUCAUGGAAUCUCGGGAACUAGGUCUAGACCUAGGCGGGUACAGUGUCGGCAUCGGUCUGGGCCUGCGCGCCACCAUACCUAAAAUGCCUAGCUUUAGAAAGAAACGGAAAAUACCUUCGCCUGUAGUUAUGGAUGAGGACUCCUCUAAACGACUUAGUGACCAGGAGGAAAUUGUGCAGAACUCAGAUGAAGAAAAAGAGGUGCCCACGAGUCCUAGAAAUAGAACAACCGGAUCAUAUUUAUCGACGGGCAGACGGCGACAAUCCAGCAGUUCGUCCAGGUCUUCCUCGUCGUCGUCGUCGCGGUCGUCGUGGUCGGGGUCGGAGCGCUCGGCCCGCGUCGGCAAGGGCGCCGCGCCGCGCAUAUACUCCGACACCGACGACUCCGAGCUCGACGAGGCUGAGUUCAAGGUUGUGUCAAAUAAAGAGAGGCUAAGAAGAGUAUACUCGUCGUCGUCAGACAGUGAAGAGGAACAGAGGAGAAGAGAAAAAACGCCCAUACCUCCGGUGGAAGCGUCGGAUGACCGGCUCGGUUCACCAAUAUUGUCUCCAGAAGAAGAGCCUAGAGAUCUGUUGCUGGAUCGAGUUUACUCGGAUUCAGAAGAAGAAAGGGAAUACCAGGAGAGGAGAAAGCGAAAUACAGAGUACAUGGAGCAAAUUGAAAGGGAAUUCUUAGAAGAGCAAAGACGCACAAUGGAGGUGGAUACCGGACAGCAAUCUGAUAAACCACCAGAUCAAAGUAAAACUGAAUCAAAGCAAGAAGAUUCAAGAAGUAGUCCAGUCAAGAACCAUUUGAAAUCGCCCGAAAAGAGUAAACCAGAAGCUGACGUGGAAGAUGGUGAAAUUAGCUCAGAAGAAGAGCCUCUGGAGACCAGACGGAAGAAGGAUCGGCGGCAGAAGAAGAAGCAGGACAAGAGGCAAAGGAUUGUGUCUGUCAGUGACCAUAGUUUCACGGAGUCCGCUGUUAGUGUCAAUGGUGUUAAAGAGAACGCGAGCAGUGCGGUGUCGGAGACGUCGUCGCCGCAGUCGCAGGCGUCGCAAGCGUCGCAGGCGUCGCAGGUGGCGCUGGACCACUCCUACUGCCGCCCGCCCCCGCGAGACGCGCCGCGCCCCAACCACCUGCAGCACGACCACGGUUACACAUGGAUGGCAGAACCUGAAAUCGAGUCGCCGCGUAUCGAGCCGGAAGAAGUCAAGCCAAAGAAGGAGACGAAGAGGCCGUACAAGAGAAAACAUGAAACUAAGAAGUUGGCGGAGAUACAGAAUAAAUUGCACUCGCCGCGUGCUGAGUACAAGAGCAGCUCCGCGUUCGCGCCGCGCGACCUGAUGGCGGAGAUGCAGAUCAUGUACUCGUUCCUGACGCGCGGCAUCGACCGCGAAGACGUGGAGUUCCUGCGCCGCGCCUACGACGCGCUGCUGGCCGAGGACGCGCAGGGCUACUGGCUCAACGACACGCACUGGGUCGACCACCCGCCCACCGACCUCACCUACUCUCCGCCGCGCAAGAAGUCCAAGCGGCACUCCAAUAUAUAUGAGGAUUUGCAGGGUCACUCGAGCGGGUCGGCGCGCACGGAGGGCUACUACAAGAUGGACGCGCGGCUGAAGGCCAAGUACAAGUACCACCACGGGCGCGCCGCCGCGCUGCCCGCGCCGUCCGACGACAAGAAGGCCUCCAAGAUGCAGCUGCUGUCGCGCGAGGCGCGCUCCAACCAGCGCCGCCUGCUCACCGCCUUCGGAACGGAUACGGAUUCUGACCUUCUUAAAUUCAAUCAACUUAAAUUCAGAAAGAAACAACUUAAGUUCGCCAAAUCCGGUAUUCAUGACUGGGGUCUGUUCGCUCAGGAGCCGAUAGCGGCGGACGAGAUGGUGAUAGAGUACGUGGGGCAGAUGGUGCGGCCCGUGGUGGCGGACGUGCGCGAAGCGCACUACGAGGCCACCGGCAUCGGCAGCUCCUACCUGUUCCGCAUCGACCUCGACACCAUCAUAGACGCCACCAAGUGCGGCAACCUGGCGCGCUUCAUCAACCACAGUUGUAAUCCCAACUGCUACGCGAAGAUCAUAACAAUCGAAUCACAGAAGAAAAUAGUAAUAUAUUCGAAGCAGCCCAUCGGCGUGGACGAGGAGAUCACGUACGACUACAAGUUCCCGCUCGAGGACGAGAAGAUCCCCUGUCUGUGCGGCGCGCCGCAGUGCCGCGGGUACCUCAAC